CAGGAGGAGCCGAUGGACCUCUGCAAAAUCCGUGCCAUGUGGGCCCCCCCGCCCCAGGCCACAGAUGGGAACAGCGACUCCGCCGACGUCAGCAAUGUUAUUCCAUCGAUGGUGUUUGCGAGCUUGCUUCUCCAUGCUCAGUCGAAGCUUUACGAUGUGGCGUUCCACGGCACGUCGACGGCAAGCCUGACCCCCGAUGCCAACCCCCAGUACCUGACUGCGGACCCCUACCUCGAUAUGCCCGAGAUCUGGUGGAAAAAGUCCACUGACGCCCCGAACCUGGACGGUUUGAUUCUCAACCUGGCUGGGGAGGUGUCGCGCGUCGCCAAGAUCGGGGCUUGCAAGGCCUUCACCAUCGGCCUCACGGAGGUUUUCAUUAACCCCACAGGCGAGGACUUCGCGAUGCCCGAGUUCAUCCCCGGGUGGCUCAUCCCGAUCGCCUCGACCGAGUGGUUGGAGGCCAUGAACAAGGCUGGCACCAAGACGUUGGUGCUCGGCCUGGAGAAGCGCACCGUCCCCCUCGUCUACCGGUACACCCUGUUUGCAGAGGCCAAGUGCAUCGAGACCGACAUGACA